CCUCAUGCACAACCUGAACCAGCGCGUCAAAUACGACACUUUUGGACUCUUCUAGUUUCCAUACAACCUGCCGGUUGUCGUGGAAACGUUUUGUUUUGCUUGUUUGAAGACGCAAGUACGAGCGCCUAACACGAAGAAGUAGAACUGCUUUCGGUAACAGGUGAUGGCCCAGCGUGACGUAAUCGACUUUUCCGCCUUGGAAAAGGAGUUGCGAACGAGUGUCGAGUCGGAACGGAAAUACAAACGAGAGAACGACGCGAAGCUGAGAGCCGUCAGUCAGGGGGUGUCCUCCUACCAGCAGUUCAGAGACAUCGUCCUGUCCUGUCACCUGAGACCACUACAGCGCCAUGACAAGAACCCAAGCAAACAACCUUGGAACCCCCUACUGGGCCCCCACACCAGCACGCACGUGCCCCCUGAACCUGAAUAGCGCCAGCACGUGACCCUUAACCAGUACUAGUGCCAACGUGCAUGUGAAAGAACAUUAAAAUUUUUAAAAAGUAAAAAGUUGUAAUUCCUCAAUAGAAUAAAUGAAAUGUUUAAUAAACAAGCCAAACUGAUAUUUGACCAGCAGG